UAAAGCAGCAGUAGGCGCACUCUUGACGCACUAAUGAAAACAAUCGUCUAAUUUUUUUGAGGUGUUUACAAAUUCUUUGUGUCUUUUGGCAAAUUUUACGCUCAAAAUGAAUCGUUUGUUCGGACGAGCAAAACCAAAAGAACCCGGUCCAAGUUUGACGGACUGCAUUGCGGGGGUUGACAGUAGAGCAGACUCUGCAGAAAAGAAAAUAGCUAGACUAGAUGCAGAACUGAAAAAAUAUAAAGAUCAAAUGGCUAAGAUGCGAGAAGGGCCAGCCAAAAAUGCUGUAAAAGCUAAGGCUCUUCGAGUGCUAAAGCAAAGAAAAAUGUAUGAAAAUCAAGUUGAUAAUCUAAGACAACAAGCUUUUAAUAUGGAACAGACAAAUUAUGCUACGCAAACUUUGAAAGAUACACAAGCUACAGUUGUCGCUAUGAAGGAUGGUGUGAAGCAAAUGCAAAAAGAAUUCAAAAAUAUUAAUAUCGAUCAAAUUGAGGACAUUCAAGAUGAUCUUGCUGAUAUGUUAGAACAAGCAGAUGAGGUGCAAGAAACAUUGGGUAGAAGCUAUGGUAUGCCAGAAAUUGAUGAUGACGAGCUUGCAGCUGAAUUGGAUGCUUUGGGCGAUGAAUUAGAUUUAGACACAGAUACAUCAUUCUUAGAUGAUGCUAUAAAAGCACCCAGUGCACCAGAUAAGGAACCAGGAGCUGCCUCAGUUACUAAUAAGGACGGAGUAUUGGUUGAUGAAUUUGGACUACCUCAAAUACCAGCUAGUUAAAAGUGUUUUAUCAAAAUGUCCAAUCACAUUGUUGCUUGUAUAAAUUGAGGACAGACCAUCAAAAAGUUUUAUCAUCCAAAGAUGCUCAGGUUCUUAUAGUAUUAAUUCAGUGACUUAUUUGUUACAAAUCAUCUAGCUGAAAUGCAGAAACAUAAUUUUAUAAGGCUAUAAGCUUGCAAACAUCUUUAAAUCUCCAAAAAAAAAAAA